AUGGCACUUGGUAGUGGUAGUUUAUUCAAGCCUCAAAUUGCGCUGUUUCCCCGUUCUGUAAAUUCGAAGCAAUCACAAUCGAAAAUCACAUUUUCACCUCCAACAAAAUUUCCAACCACUCUUUCACUCUCAAUUUCUGCCUCAAACGUUCUUCGCAAUGCGCCUUUUCCACUCUUUUGCUGCAUAGCCGAUUCCACCUCCUCCACCUCUUCUGUCGAAUGUAAUAUGCCUUCUUCAACCAAAAUCUUCAUCAAAGGGCUUCCCCUCUCAACCUCUGAAGUGUAUUUAGCCGAAGUGUUUUCGGUGUUUGGUGAAGUUACUAAAGUCAAGCUUUUGAAAGAUAAAGAAUCUGGACAGUCUCUAGGAUUUGCAUACAUUUGGUUUUUCGAUGAGGAGUCUGCACAAUCGGCUGCAAAUGAGACGAAUGGAAAGUUUUUUGAUGGCAGGUUUAUUUAUGUUACAAUUGCAAAGCCUGGAUCAUCCAAAAAUUUGAAGAGGAGAAAAGUCUACAAAUUCUAA